CAGGAAGUUGUAUGCAUGUUUACGAGGUUAUUUUCUUCUCAGCGAAUUGCUUUUUUCAUCCCAAAAAGGCAUCUUUCCACCUUCAGUUUGCAAAAUGAAACAAAACUCCAAUGUUCCAGCCUUCCUCACCAAGCUUUGGACUCUUGUGGAGGAUUCUGAUACAAAUGAAUUUAUUUGUUGGAGUCAGGAGGGUAACAGUUUCCUCGUCAUGAACGAACAGCGAUUUGCCAAGGAGAUUCUUCCCAAGUUCUUCAAACACAACAACAUGGCCAGCUUUGUCAGACAGCUGAAUAUGUAUGGAUUUCGCAAAGUGAUGCACAUCGACACAGGCAUAGUGAAGCAAGAGCGUGAUGGACCAAUUGAAUUCCAGCAUCCUUAUUUUAAACAUGGGCAGGAUGACUUGCUGGAAAACAUCAAAAGAAAAGUUUCCAAUGCAAGACCAGAGGAUACUAAGAUCAAACAAGAAGACCUGUCCAAUAUUUUGGCCAGUGUUCAGAAUGUUCACGGAAAACAAGAAAGCAUUGAUUCCCGACUCAACACACUGAAAAGAGAUAAUGAAGGUCUAUGGAGGGAAAUAUCAGACCUGAGACAGAAGCACUCCCAACAGCAGCAAAUCAUUAAGAAGUUGAUACAAUUCAUUGUCACAUUCGUACAAAAGAACCGGAUUAUGGGUUUAAAACGCAAACGGCCUAUUCUACUGAACAACAAUGGAAAGAAGCCUAAAUACAUCCAUGAAAUCUACGAUGAACCUCCUCUGGAGCAAAACAAACCCUCUGUCAGUGGUUUGAAGAACGCUGAUCUUAUUGAUGAUGUUGUCAUCUGUGACAUAACUGACGACGAUACAGAGAUCACAGAGGGCCCCUCAAUAUUGGAUCAAUCGGAUGUAGAAAUAGUUGAGGUCUUCGACAGCAAUACUGUGUCACAGACAGACGGCUCUGACAAUACAGGACAGACCAACUCUUUGGUAUUCGAACCAGAAGAGACCACCAUAAGCACAUAUGAUAGCCUUCCAACCAGCAGCGUCUUGCAGCUCAACAAACCAUCAGGCUUGAGCCUGGAGGAUCCCAUGAAGAUGAUGGACUCAAUCCUCAAUGAGAGUGGAGCUAUUUCUCAGAAUAUCAACCUCCUCGGCAAGGUUGAGCUGAUGGACUACUUGGACAGCAUUGACUGCAGUUUGGAAGACUUUCAGGCUAUGUUGUACGGGAAGCAGUUCAGCAUUGAUCCAGAUAUUUUAGAGGAGAGUGGUGGUUCCAAAGGAAAUGCAGGGCUACUAUCCAAAGGAGGCAAGUCUGGCAUCUCUGCAGAUAAGCAGCUGGUCCAGUACACGUCCUGCCCUCUGCUGGCCUUCCUCGAUGGCUGCACCCCUUUGGCCCCAGAGCCAGACAGCAGCACAGCCACAGAGCUGGGAGACAGCCUGCUGCAGCCCAGCACUGAGGUACCCACAGACCUCCUGGAGCCAGAUGAGGAGCCUAGACGGAGCUCCCUGAUCCGCCUGGAGCCCCUGACUGAGGCAGAGGCCACGCUUUUCUACCUGUGUGAACUCAAUCCAGAGGGGUGCACCACUGACUCGACACAGCUGGAGAUUUAACAAGGUUAACCAAGGAGCAGAAAAGACUCAAAUGAUUAACGGUAUUUAUUUCCUUGUAUCUUUUGGUACAUUUAUGUCCACAGGUCAAAAGACAUUCCAUAAUUUAGCUGUUGAUAUGGUUUCUCCACUAUUUCCACUAGCAGUUGUAGGUAAACCCUGAUAGAGGCUGCCAUUUUGUUGUUUGUUUCACUAUGUAUUAUUGAUUUCUGUAUCGAUAGGUCAAAUGUUUCAACGAUCACAACCUUUUAAUGAAAAAAAACAUAAGUGCCUGCAUAUUUCCUUGUCUUAGAACCACAGUGCUCAGAACUUCAAAUACUGUAGUCUGGUGUGUAUCAUAAGGUGUCAUGUUAUAAGACUUCUGUGAUUUUGCCUAUCCUGUGAGAUUCACUGUUAAGCUGCACAAUGACAUUAAAAGAACAACAAAAGCG